AUGAACUACUUCAGGUGGGCCCAGAUUGCCAUCAUCUCUUCCUCAGACGACAUCUGGGUGGAGACGGCCAUCAAGGUUGCUGACUCCUUGAGGAGCCACGGUCUAUCGGUGAAACUGGUCAGUUUUAUGGAGAACACACCUCACGGCAUCAGAAGAAGUCUGAAUAAAAUUCGCAAGAGGAGUGAAAUAAGAGUCGUGAUCCUCUGCAUGCACUCAGCGCUAAUCGGCGGUGAAGUUCAGAAGCUCCUCUUGGAGACGGCCUACGACAUGCAGAUGAUCGACGGCUCCCGGAUCUUUGUGCCCUACGACACCCUCCUCUACAGCCUGCCCUACCGCAAUGUGACCUACCCGAUUCUGAAGAGCAACAGGAAACUGCUGCGGGCCUACGACGCCGUGCUGACCGUCACCAUCGACUCGCCCCAGCUGUCGUUCUACGAGGCCUACAACGAGGCAAUGGAGAGGGGAGAGGUGGCGAGGACUCUGAAGCCACAGCAGGUGUCUCCUCUCUUCGGCACCAUCUACAGCUCCAUCCUGUUAAUGGCUCAUGCAGUGCAGCGUGUUCGACAGUCCAGGGCGUGGAUGUCUGGAGGAAACCUGGCACAAAACACACGUAACCUGGACUUUCAGGGCUUCAGCCACCGAAUCAAAACCAACGGCUCUGGAGCGGCUCUGCUGGACUAUCUUAUACUGGACACAGACGGACUCUCCUGGGAGUUGAAACCAACAUACAGGAUCGACAUGGAGGCCGGCAUGGUGCGCUUUUUGGGUCGAGAGAUUCACUUUCCUCACGGCUACGGACCCAGGAGAGACUCGUCGUGCUGGUUUGCUCCUGGAUUCCUCUGCUCGGGGGGUGAGGAACAUUAUAUACAGAACAUUCAUUUAGUUAGUUUAAUAUUUUUUAACAGCUACAUUUAAGGAUUAUUUAUGUGUCAAUUCUUCCCCUCACUACAACUGUUUCCCAUUUGUUUCUUGUUGUUUAGGCGACGCAUCAUCAAGAUUCAGAUGGUCAGGGGCAAAAACAAGAUCUUGCUGACUCUGGCUGAUGUCACCUUCAUAAACCCGUCGCUUAGCAACAAGAAGUUUAGUGUUGACGACGGCAGGGCCAGCGGCAUGAGGAGCGUGUCCGAACGCAGCGUUGCAUCGCCGGUCUCCACUAUAACCCCGGCCACCUACGAGAACUCAAACAUUGUCAUCUACGAGGGUGAUUGGGCGUGGCUGAAGAGACUUCCCGAUGGCUUGUUUAGACACAUUAACCCCAAAACCAGUGAUGUGUUUGAGCUGAUGAAGGACAUGCGGCAUGAGAACCUAAACCCUUUCCUCGGCUUCUUCCACGACUGCGGCGUGUUCGCCAUCGUGACCGAGUUCUGCUCCAGAGGCAGUUUGGAGGACCUGCUGCUGAAUGACGACGUCAAACUGGACUGGAUGUUCAAGUCGUCUCUACUUCUAGAUCUUAUAAAGGGUAUGAAGUACCUCCACCACCGUGGUGUGGUCCACACUCGUCUGAAGUCCCGUAACUGUGUGGUGGACGGGCGCUUCGUCCUGAAACUAACAGACUACGGAUACAACGAGGUUCUUGAGUGUCAGAGGUUCCCCUACAUAGAACCACCUGCAGAAGAGAUGUUGUGGACGGCUCCAGAGAUCCUGAGGACCGGGCAUCCGGGGCUCCACGGGACGCAGCAGAGUGAUGUUUACAGCUUCGCCAUCAUCAUGCAGGAAGUGGUGGUCAGAGGGCCUCCGUUCUGCAUGAUGGACAUGCCCGCUAUGGAUAUAAUAGAGAAGCUCUGUAACCCUCCUCCUCUGUUUCGGCCGGUGGUCAGUCCGGACUGCGCUCCGUUAGAGUGCAUCCAGCUGAUGAAACAGUGCUGGAACGAACAGCAAGAGAAGAGACCUGACUUUGAAGAUAUCUUUGACCAGUUUAAGAACAUCAACAAGGGUAGGAAGACCAACAUCAUAGACUCCAUGCUGAGGAUGCUGGAGCAGUACUCCUCCAACCUGGAGGAGCUGAUCAGGGAGAGAACCGAGGAGCUGGAGAUCGAGAAGCAGAAGACGGAGAAGCUACUGACGCAGAUGCUGCCUCCUUCUGUGGCAGAAGCGUUGAAGGUUGGCGGUACAGUCGUGCCGGAGCAUUUCGACAGCGUAACUCUCUACUUCAGCGACAUCGUCGGCUUUACGACCAUCUCGGCCAACAGCGAACCCAUCGAGGUGGUCGACCUGCUCAACAGCCUCUACACGCUUUUCGACGCCAUCAUAGGAAACCACGAUGUCUACAAGGUGGAGACGAUUGGCGAUGCUUACAUGGUGGCGUCGGGCCUUCCCGUCCCCAACGACAACCGUCACGCUGCAGAAAUAGCCAACAUGUCCCUUGACAUCCUGAGCGCUGUGGGAACCUUCAAAAUGAGACACAUGCCUGACGUUCCUGUUAGGAUACGCAUCGGACUGCACACAGGUCCAUGUGUAGCAGGAGUUGUGGGUCUCACGAUGCCCCGCUACUGCUUAUUUGGAGAUACAGUGACCACCGCCUCUCGUAUGGAGUCCAGCGGGUUGCCCUACAGGAUCCACGUCCACGAGAGUACCGUAAAAGUCCUGCUUGAGCUGAAUGUGGGCUACAAGGUUGAGCUGAGAGGCCGGACAGAAGUCAAGGGGAAAGGAAGCGAGGAGACAUUCUGGCUUGUAGGGAGAGAUGGAUUCGACAAACCUCUUCCUGUUCCUCCAGAAGUCAAGUCUGGGCAAAUGGCUCACGGGCUGCAGAUGGCCGAGAUAGCCCAGUACAAGAAACGGAAAGCCGACCAACAACAGCAGGAACUACUUGCAAAGAAGAAAAACUGAGCCUCUCAGCCGCCAUCGAGCCCAAAGAAAUGAAGCAGUCGUUUCACAAGGCGGUGAAGCUGAUCUCUAACAUCCGCGUCAUGACUCAGCUCAGCACGCA